UUCUUUACACUCUCUGUAAGUAACGUCACUUGUGGUAUUGCACAGUCCUAGAUGCGUCAGACAUCCAAAACAAGAGGGGCGGGGUCUAUGUUUACAACUUUGCUACAAACUUGCUGACUCACCGAUAGUUGCUGGAUCGGAAUAAACAGACAUCAUGCUGACUUGAUGCUGACUAAUAGACAGUUGGUAAAUAUAAGGCACGUGGGAGUUUCGGUAGCAGAUCAUUUGUAGGACGCGUGCAGGCAACUGCAUGAAGACUGAACAUAUCCUCUUAUUCUACACCCUGAGUCACCUGAUCCAGACAGCAGUCAGUCGUCACGACAACCAACACCAAGACAGCGAGGCCUUCCAACCUGUCAAACAUAUUGGAACAGACUCAUUUGCAGUGAAUAACAGCUCCAAGGAUUUGAGAACUGCUACAGUGACAGCGAUGUCUCGUACGAUUGUCAGGAGUUUCGAGAGCGUAGAGCAGGAUGAGGGUGUGGGGGCGAGGGUGAGGCGCAGCGUUGGAAGGCCUGAAUUGAAGAGCUUGGACCCCUUCCUGAUGCUGGACGAAUUCAAAGUCAGAAAACCUGCAGGAUUUCCUGACCAUCCACACCGAGGUUUUGAAACAGCCACCUACAUGUUGAGUGGAGUGACCAGACAUGAAGACUUCAUGGGACAUCAGGGCAGGAUCGGGCCUGGUGAUCUGCAGUGGAUGACAGCAGGGAGAGGAAUCGUCCACUGUGAGAUGCCUGGAGACGACACAGAGUGCCACGGUCUGCAGCUCUGGAUAAACCUGAAGAGAGCGGACAAGAUGAUGGAGCCGGCUUACCAGGAACUUCUGAGCAAGGACAUCCCCAAACCCAGCAAGGACGGGGUUACUGUGGCUGUGAUCGCAGGGGAGUCGCUGGGGGUGAAAUCCCAGGUGUACACAAGAACCCCUACCAUGUACCUGGACUUCAAGCUGGAACCAGGAGCGAAGUACACUCAAGUUGUCCCAAAAGGAUGGAACGGGUUUGUUUAUGUGCUGUCAGGACAUGUACAUCUUGGCCCAGAGGACAAGCAGACGUUGGGAAAACCGCAUCACACCAUGGUCAUGAGCGAUGGAGAAGGACUUACCCUGGAGAACAAGGGUCCAGAAAAGGUUCACUGCGUGCUGAUUGCAGGAGAGCCCAUCAAUGAGCCAGUCUACCAGUAUGGUCCUUUUGUGAUGAACUCCCAGGAGGAGAUCCGUCAGGCCAUGGAUGACUAUCGCCACGGCAGGAAUGGCUUUGAGAACGCGCCUUCUUGGAACUCUUUUGUUGUGUACGAGGACUGAGUGGUUUAAGCAUAUCUAUUUCUGUAUUUUCAAUAUCACAAAGAAACGAGAAGUAGUCGAAUAAACAUAGUAGAAUACGA